AUGCAUAUGUAUAGUGUUGAAAAGGACCAUGCCUUCUACAUUGUCGAUCUCGAGAAUCGAACUUGUGAUUGUGCUCAGUUCGAGCUGGACGAUAUUCCAUGUCGUCAUGCUUGUGCCGCUAUUAGGCGUGCAGGUUUGCAAGUGACUGACUUUGUUGGGAAAUAUUUCAAACAAUCCAUUUUGUUGGCCACAUACAUGCCUCGUAUUGCGCCCGUGCCACAUCCUAUAUACUGGAAUGUGCCAGAGUCGAUAUCAACAUAUAUUGUGAAAUCCUCGGAUAUCACACGUCAUGCAGGGCGGCCGAAGAUGAGUAGGGCUCGCUCGGCUGUUGAGGGUUCGUCCAACUCGCGAUCUCAGGUGUGCUCACGUUGCAAAGGUCGAGGUCACAACGCCCUAAGAUGCAAAGCGCCACUUGCAUUGGACUUGAAUGUGGCAUUGGAUGAGAACGAGAGCGUCGAGCCACCACCUGAUUAG